AACAAACGUUCAAGACUUUGAAAACAAUAGCAUGAGGAAUUUCCUGCUUAAUUCUUACGAGUUUCAACAUAUAAUUGGCUGUUAAGGAAUUUAAAAUAACGAAUCUAACAAUCUAACUCUCUUUUUUUCCCUUCAAUAAUGUAUUCUUUUAUAUCUUUUAAUUUCAGUUCUUUCUUCUUUACAUUUUUUCUCUUGUUUGGGUCAUUAACAGCAUUGUCACCGACCACCUCCUCUCCUUCUUCUUCUUCUUCUUCUUCCCAACUUAUUAUUGACUCCACAGCAGAAUUUCAGGGUUACACUGCAAUAUCAGAGUUUAGGUUAUUAAACAGAAGAACUUUAUUUCAAUGUAUUGACCCAAAUCCAUUUCUUCAAGUGAAUAUCAGUGCAGGUUCUGGUUCGGGACUUUCAGAUGAUGAAAAUGUAACAGUCACAGUUAGUGGAGUUUUAAAUCCUUCUCAUUUGGAUUGGGUUGCCAUGAUCUCACCUUCAUCUUCCAGUGUCAGAGAUUGUCCUCUGAAUAAAGGAUACUACAUUGGGACUGGAGAUAUUAGUGAACUACCUCUUCUCUGCCAUUAUCCUGUAAAGGCUCAGUUGUUAAGCAAUGAUCCAGAUUAUAUGG